AUGCUGGCGCGGAGGCGGCGUCGAGGCCGCGGAGGGCGAGCGGCGCAGGCUGGCGAGGCCGCGGCGGCGCUGGCGUGGAGGCGGCGUCGAGGCCGCGAAGGGGAGCGGCGCAGGCGGCGGCGGCUGGCGAGGCCGCGGCGGCGUUGGCGCGAAGGCGGCGUCGAGGCCGCGGGGAGGGGGAGAACGGCGCGGGCGGCAGCGGCUGGCGAGGCUGCGGGGAAGCGGGCGUGGAGGCGGCGUAGAGGCCGCGGAGGGGAGCGGCGCGGGCGGCAGCGGCUGGCGAGGCCACGGCAAUGCUGGCGCGGAGGCGGCAUCGAGGCCGCGGAAGGGAGCGGCGCAGGCGGCAGCGGCUGGCGAGGCCGCGGCGAGGCGGGCGCGGAAGCGGCGUCGAGGCCGCGGAGGGGAGCGGCGCAGGCGGCGGCGGCUGGCGAGGCCGCGAUGGCGCUGGUGCGGAGGCGGCGUCGGGGCCGCGGAGGGGAGCGGCGCGGGCAGCAGCGGCUGGCGAGGCCGCGGCGAUGCUGGCGCGGAGGCGGCGUCGAGGCCGCGGGAGGGAGCGGCGCAGGCGGCAGCGGCUGGCGAGGCCGCGGCGAGUCGGGCGUGGAAGCGGCGUGGAGGCCGCGGAGGGGAGCGGCGCAGGCAGCGGCGGCUUGCGAGGCCGCGGUGGCGUUGGCGCGGAGGCGGCGUCGAGGCCGCGGAGGGGAGCAGCGCGGGCGGCAGCGGCUGGCGAGGCCGCGGUGA